AUGGACGCCAUUGAGGCCACCACUGAGGAUGAUGGCAAGGUCAACAUCACUCUCUUCUUUGGUGGCAUCUGUUUCAACCGCAAGAUCAUGGAAGCCAAGAAGAAGCAGCGAGCUCCUCGAGAGUCUAUUGAAUCGACUGACUCCACUUUUGAAGGAGCCUUUGAGGAUGUCACUGGUCAAGGAUUGACACAAGUGGUUGGUGCGUUCGCUCCUGCAGAUGCCAAGAAGAAGAGUUCGACGGCUAAAGAUGCCGGCAAGAAGAAGAUGCUGGCGGAUGCGAUUGCGGAUGCGAUUGCGGAUGCGAUUGCGGAAGACCUCGACGACCUCGACCUUGACGAUUAG